UGCUUGGACAUUAUCCAUCAUCGUACAACACCCUGUCUAGAACGAUUGAGAUAUUAUACGACGUCGUUUGAAUCUCCCCCCACGCCGCGACGGAGCCAUAGCACCACCAAAAAGCACCGGCUGCGACCUGCCUCAGCCCCCCAACCCAACUACUCUCAGCAGCCACCGCACCCAUUCUCUCUCUCUCUCUCUCUCUCAAGUGGAAGCCAUACCCAUAAUGGAAGAAGAACGAGCACUGAGACGCACUGCCAAUGGCGGCACUCUCAAUGAUUCUGUUCUUCGCUAUCCCACUGUCAGUACCACUUUUACAAUCCCUUUAACUCGCUACACUACCCGUUUGAUUACCUCCGGCCGCCACCGCCCCCUAUUGGCUGAUUGCGCCGACUCCCGAUCCGACACGGAAGACCACGACGACGCUAACGAUUUCAAUCGCCGCUCCAUUGUUAGGGAAAAUUGCUUCUACUCUAUGCCCAUUUUAGUUCUCGACGUCGUUUGGAAUUUGGCCUUUGUUCUUGUCUCCAUUGUUGUCCUCUUGUCCACGUUUCGAGAACGCCCUUCCACGCCUUUGCGCCUUUGGAUUUCUGGAUAUGGCUUGCAAUGUCUCCUGCAUGUUGGGUUUGUCUUCUUUGAGUAUCAGCGGAGCAUGGCGCUCCACGGCUUUGAGGACCGUGCGUAUCAUCGCAGCAUAAUGAAAAGGUUGGAGUCGAUGAAUACAAUGACCUCGUCGGUUUGGUGGGUCUUUGGAUUCUAUUGGAUUGUCAUGGGUGGCCAUACACUUUUACAGGAUUCUCCCCGGCUUUACUGGUUAACCGUCGUGUUUCUAGCGUUUGACUUGUUCUUUAUUCUCUUUUGUGUUGGGAUGGCAUGUGUUGUUUUCUUCUCCCUUUGUUGCUGCAUUCCUAUUAUAGCAUUUGCAUAUGCCAUGACUGCCAGAGAAGGUGCCUCAGAAGAGGUUAUCAGGGCUCUUCCCAAGUACACAUUUCGUCAGGCUGCGCUCGGGGCGUUUAUCCAUGGAAAAGAACGGGAACCAAUUGGAGCAACAACGGAGUUAGAUAACGAUCACCUUAUCAAAGAACUUGCUCUUCAUCCAGAGGAUUCGGAAUGUUGCAUUUGCCUUUCGCAAUAUGAAGACAGGACGGAGCUCUAUACUCUUCCCUGCAACCACCAUUUUCAUUGUGGGUGCAUCGGCAAAUGGCUUCGGAUAAACGCAACCUGUCCACUCUGCAAAUCUAGUAUCUGUCGGGGCGAUACACUGGUUUGACCAUCGAGAGGAGCAGACGAACCCCAGCUGAGAGUAUGUAAGUUCGGCAUUUUCGAUUUCAGGUUAGAUGCUUGCUGAUCUCUGCCAACUAAUGCUUUUUAGAAACAGGGAGGGUAGAGAAUAGAAUUUUAGCUGAUUUCAACCUCAUCUGUGAACAGAAUUUAAUCUUUACUUUUAACAGGUGGGCUUUGGUUAUAUGUAUGUAAAUUGAUAGGAAAUGGUGUUGUGCCUCUAAUUUAAUCUGCUAUAUGUGAAAUCUUCUUCUGUGUCA